UCCGUAUUUCAAAUACCUUUUCUUUUUUUUUUUUUUAACAGUUUGUAGUUAUUAUAGUCAGUAUAAGUUUCUUAAACCGUGAUUCGUUUUUUAAAUUUAGAAAUGUUGUCUAGUGAAAAUGUUAACGAAUAUUAGCUAGCUAAUAACAAUAAUUUUAUAAAUAUCUAAAAGGAUUAGUACCAAUAAAAUAUAAAAUAAAAUGGAUCAAACUUUGGAGGAAAGAAAAAUUAAAUACGACAUAAAAGUGACAAAUGCUUUUAAGAAGUAUGGACAAAAUGAUAUAUUUAAUGGUUUAAACAUGACUGUAAAGUCUGGAUCAAUCUAUGGUCUUUUAGGACCAAGUGGCUGUGGUAAAUCAACACUUCUUCAAUGUAUUUUGGGAACACUGCCAUUGGAUUCUGGAUUUAUUGACUUAAAAGUAGAAAGUUUAAAAGAUGUUGGAUAUAUGCCUCAAGAUUUAUGUCUAGAAGUCACAUUAACCGUAAAAGAAACUUUUGAAUACUAUGGAUCACUUUAUAAAAUGUGCAAAAAAAAUAUUAAGAACAAAUUAGAUGAGCUUAAUGAAUUUCUACAAUUACCAGAUUUGGAUAGUUACAUUAAUGAAAUAAGUGGCGGCCAGAGUAGAAGAGUAUCUUUUGCUAUUAGUUUAUUACAUGAUCCCAAAGUUAUGAUUUUGGACGAACCGACAGUUGGAAUUGACCCUUUACUGAGAGAAGGAAUUUGGGAUAAGUUUACCAAAAUGGUCAAAGAACACAACAAAACAAUCAUAAUAACUACUCAUUAUAUCGAAGAAGCAAAUAAAUCGGAUUGCGUCGGCUUAAUGAGAAACGGAUUAAUAAUUGAAGAAGGACCGCCCCAAGAUAUCCUCAUUAAAUGUGGUACAGAUACAUUGGAGUCAGCUUUUUUAACACUUUGCUGUGAUCAAAAAUCAAUUAUUAAAAAAGUCCACAACAACAUUGUUAAUAUAAAAGAAAAAAAUCAAACAAAAAAUAUAAUGGAAAUGGGAAACAAUGUAAGUUUGUAUAAAAUUAAAGCCUUGUUAAAAAAAAAUUAUCGUGUAUGCUCUCGAGAUUAUUUGUUGUUAUUUACUGUGAUCUUACUACCUAUAUUGCAAACAUUCAAUUUUUGUUUUGGAAUUGGAGUACCGUUUAAAAAUAUGACAAUUGCUUAUAAAAACGAUGAAAUUAAUAUUUUAGAUUGUCAAUAUUCAAAUUUGAACAGAUGUAUUUUUGACGAAAAUAGCAAUCAAAAAAUGAGCUGUAUUAUUAUGAACUAUCUCUUAUCACAUGAUUACAAAUUAGUUGAAGUACAAGAUCGUGAAACUUCUGAAACUGAUAUAGAUCAUGAAAAGUAUAUUGCAUUUCUGUAUUUUCCUAAAAACUAUACGAGUGGUUUAACAAAAUAUAUUGAUGAUCGUCAAUAUUUCGAUUUAGGAUCUAUAAUGUUUGCUCAUUUAACGAACGAAAAUAUUUUAUUUAAAAAUCAAAUUACAAUAGAUGUAUUACAAUCAAUAAAUUAUGUAAUAAAGGAAGCAUUAAAUAGUUGCUUUAAUAGUCCAACAUCAAUCAGUGUACCCUUGAAGAUCAAUACUUUAUUUGGAAAAGAAGUUAAAUCAUUUGCCAAUGGUAUUGUCACUCUUUUUAUAGCCAUGGUAGUAUUUUAUUUCCCAAGUGUAUUCGCGGUAAGCAUAAUGAUGUCGGAAAAAAUGGACGGACUCCUUAGCCGAUCGAUGUAUGCAGGUGUCAAAAUAAUGGAUUUGUUAAUUUCUAUGUUUUGUAUCGUAACACUAUUACUUUUGUUUCAAAUGAGUACCUCCUGUUUCAUUUCAUAUUUUUUAUUUUUGAAUCCAAUACAAAUUACCAAUGGGUUGUUUGUCUAUGUGCUAUUAUUAUUACUAUUGGGAUGGAUAGGUUUCUUGUUUGGUUUAUUUACUUCUGUUGUAUCAACUUCGAAAUUAGGCGGAGUGUACAUUAUAACCGGGGCAUCUAUGACUCAAUUCAUAUUAUCAGGAGCAAUAUGGCCUUUGGAAGGACAACCUCCAUUUUUAAGGCAGAUAUCGAAACUACUUCCUAUAAGGCUAGUAGGAAAUACGAUGAACAACAUAGCAUUGAAGGGGUGGACAUUGGAUCAUCUAUCGAUCAUAACAGGAACUUCAUUGACGGUUUUAUACACCAUAUUUUUAAUACUUUUAUUAAUUGUAUUAGGAAAAUUAAAAAAAAACUUGUGGGUUUUACAGAAAUAGAUCGUUAUAAGUUUUAUGUAUACUUAAUAGAUAAUAAUGUUUUAUUGUAACAUGUUAACAUAUUUAUCUUUUUUUUUUUUAA